GUUAACUUAGGUGAAUAACUGACCCGCUAUCCUAGAUCAUAAGAGUAAGGUGGAUGGAGUAUGUGGUAUAUAUUCAAACGUUUCCCCAAGAAAUUCAUGAAGAAACUUGACAUCACAUGGACUCAGAACUUGCUUGGGGUCAUCUGUGAUAAAUUGCUGCUCAACAUGAAGUGUCGUUAAGUAAUAGCUUUUGUUCCAUCCACAACCAUUUGACCAUCUGUAUUGUAAAUUGGACAUCGAACUGGCGUGUACUCAAAAGUUUGGGCUUUUUGUGGUUUUUUAGUGUGUUCGGAACGUUCACCGUGUAUCAAUAUCACAGUUUACUUCUUGGUGGGAGUAAAGUUUGUUCAUGACCAUUAACUAUUUUUAACCGAGUCAAACGAUCUGUAAAAAAACCCAACAGAAUUAUGGUAACUUUGUAGAGUACCCAGUCGUCAAUACUAACUUUGAAGUUGAUCACCCAGAUAGUUUUGGGAUAGCUUAAUUAUCCAUUUCUACUUUGCUUAACUUACUUUGGUUGCAAACUUUUUCUUCGUGAUGUUUGCACGGCUACGUAAUUGUGAACGUGUAAUAUCUGACGCAUGCGUCAUCAGUCAAAAAAUACACACAGGAAACACGAUUUGCAAGAACACUCGUGCUGGGGUGGUACGUCGAACUAGAGAUCAGUCCCACCCCCUCACCUACGAGCAGGCAAAAAAGCCACAUCAAAUUGGUCUAAUGAAGUCUUGGAAUUCUUGGAAUACUUCAAAUUUGGAAGGAGAAGACCGUUACACUUCAGAAGUUACCCUUCAUGACCAGUUCAUUCGAACAUUUAUUAAUGGAACCUUUCCUUUGUUGGUUCAAAGUGAAGUUAUUAUCAAACGACAAUGUAACGUAAUACGUGUAGCUUUUUUACUAUUAAAGCGAAUAUCUCCAGGAGAAACCAGUUUCCUCAUCGGUUACACAGAAGAAAUGCUUUCUCUUAUACUUCGAUGUGUUGUGAAACUAGAAGUACAAUUAGUGCUAUCCAAAAAUGAUGUUAUAUUUCGAUAUAUUUAAUCAUAGAACUGAAUUAUUAUUUAUUAUAUUGUAUUCAUAAAAGUGAUUUAUAUUGUACAGUGUAUCAUUAUUAUAGCCUUUAAUAUACUGUUUAUUUAAUUAU